AUGAGUUCUGCCGUACGCGACCAGCCACGCGAAUCAGCUGUGCGCGAGGUGGCAACACUCGGCUUACCACACACCAGCCAAGCUUCUGCGGGAGUCGCCCCAGCCAUGCUACAAGCAAGUACCGAGACUGUUGGCGAAUUUCGCAGAGAAAGAUUCGACGAGAUUGAUCUACCCAAAGCAAAGGAAUUCAAACCAGGAAAGGAUAGGCGGUUUUCAUGUGACAAGAACAAGGACUUGGUAGGCGAGUUCUACAAGAACAAGCGAUCAGUAGACGGGAAUGAAAUAUGCAGAAAGAGCUACAGCACGGCAAGAGAUCUAAAGAAGCAUCUCAGAACGCACGUAUUCCCUGUCAUCUGCCCGGAAACGGAUAUCUGUGAUAUUCGAAAGGCUGAGCAGGGGGACAUGCGGGAACACUUGAGGGUAAACCAUUCCGACUUUGCUUUGAACCAUCCAGAAUAUGGGGUCGACUUUGGACCGUUCAUCUGCCCGAAUUGCGAGAAGGACUACACGAGGCCAGACAAUUUGACCAAGCACCUGAACAAAAAUGUCUGCUAA